AUACACGAAAUUGUAAAUUUUAUGCGAUUACACACAUUCAUUGGGGGUGGUGAUUGGUGAAACAGAGUGAGUUGAUAGUCUAUACAUACACGCAGAAACCCAUAAAAUAUUAUCGUGCGUAUGUAAGGUGGAGUAGUGGAGAGAUGGAGACUGAGGGAGUGAGGUCCAUCAUCUUCUUCUCAUGACAUCUUAUGUGUUUUAUAUACGCUUCAAUCUCAGCCCAAAUCUUUAAUUUCCAGCCCUAAUUUCGAUAAAUGAAGUGCAAUCAGAGAAUCAAACAGAAUCUGGAGGUAUUAAGGUUCUUUUUUAGCAAGUAAACUCUUAACAUCUUUCUGCUGGCGGUCCAUGAAUUGAUAAUUUAACACAGACUGACACUGUAGAGUUGCUAAAAUGGUAUUCAGCAGCGAAGUUAAAUCUCUACAUGAUGAUGGCUUUGAGGGCUCAGAAAAUGAGUCCCAUACUUAUAGAAAAGUUUACUUUGCAAAUAAUUGUGGUAGAAGUACUAAACGGUGUCUUGUCACCGGAGUCAUAAAUUUUAGACAUUAUUAUAGCAAGAAUGCAGAUUUGUCGCUUUGUUCAAACAGUGAAAACUCUGGUGUUACUAGUCAGGAUGAUCCAUAUGAGACAAAGGAGGAUCCAAAAGAGAAAUCUGAACUUCCACAUCUCUCUGAAGAAUUCGAACAGGCAGUGGGAGACCCUGAUGUGAAGGCUAAACGAAGGAAAUUAUCUGUCAACAGCCCAUCUAAUGCCAAAUCAUAUAUACAUAAUGUGUUUAAUUCUUCAGCUCCAUUAAAGGAGGUUGUUUCUGACAUGCCACAAUCAGCUUCACCUUUUUUCCAUCACCCUGUAAUGUGUCGCAUAGUUGAAUUAACUAGACAUGGUGUUUCAUGUUGUUGCUAUCUGCUAAAGAAGCACCGUGGUAUGAACUUAAGUGGGGACACUUAUGACAAUGAAUAUUCCAGGUGUAAGUUAUUCAAUGUUGAUGGCAGUGAGCAGAAGGAAUUCGCAGAUACUAAAGCUAUUGCAUCACCUGUUUCUCAAGAGAGCUCUGCUACAAAACUUUUGGUUGCCAGUCCCGAUAUAGUUGCUAGCGACUUUGGAUGUCAUCAACCGUUGAAGCGACGCUGGAGUAAAUCAUGCUUUGUAGAACUAGAUGAAGCAGAAAUGUCAUUGAGAAAAGAGUCCAAGAAUAAUCCACGCCCUGUUCUCCGUUACUACAUCAACCGUCUAUUUAAAGCCGCAGGUUGGGUGGUAGGAAGGCGUACAAGGUCCGAUAAAUACUAUGGACAUGGAGGAUUCAUCUAUAUAUCACCUGAGGGAAGGCCAAUACGUGAAUUCUGUAAAGCAUGGGUAUUAUGUGGGCAGGGUCUGUUUAUAGCUUCAAAGACUACCCUACCUGAAAGUGAUGUCAAGCAGUGGAUAGAUCGGGCUCAAUUCUGGUCUGAUCUAAACGAUGCAUCAGCCAAAAUUGAAGAAAUGGAUAAAUGGGGAACUACUUCAGCAUUAGCACAUUGUUGGUAUCUUCUAGAUCCAUUUGCUAAACUGGUGCUGAUUGACAAAUUGUUCAGCUCAUUAAAAGCAGGAAAAAUGGUACUUGCCAGGAGGAGUAUUUUGGUUAAUCCAAAGAGAGCAAAUGACGCUGUUAUAAAUUUGAAAAACGUGGCAAAUGCUCGGUACCUUUUAGGUGUAGGACACGCGACAGAUCAACAUCAUGGAUCUUCUCUUGUUUUAGAUCAAGCAUUGGUAGGUUCUAAUGAAAUUGAUAUUAGCAAGCAGGAUCAACAUUUACAGGCAGUAUUAGUGACAAGUCCGAAGUCUAGACCAUAUAAUGUAUCCAAAGAGAAUUUUGGCAGAAACAUAAAUUGUGGAGAAAUCUCUGUCAAUGAAAAAAGCUGCCUGGCAUUAUUAUCUUUGCAAGCUUAUGGUUCGGAUAGCAGUUCUGACCAGAUAGGUAAUUACCUGCUUGACAUUCCUAUCAUUAAGCCGAGAAAACCUUGCAUCAAAGAUAAAAAUCGACAGAAAAUAUUAUUAAAGGGUCGACUUAAAGAUAGUGACCUUUUAAUUUCUGCGAUAGUAAGAAAGAAAAGUUGCAAAUCUACUACCAAACUGCCCGAGGUGAGAAAGAUUUCGUGCAAAUCAAAAUCUUUCAGAAAGUACAAGAAACAAAAGAGAAGUUGCAAGUUGCUUCCACGGAGUUUCAACAGGAGUGGGAUGCCUAACAUGGAAGCAAAAGGUUCGCCCUCAGGUUCCAGAACAGUAUUGUCCUGGUUAAUCAAUUCGGGAUUUAUAUCUCUUAAUGAAGUGAUACAGUACCGGAAUACAGAAGAUGACACUGUGGUUAAAGAUGGUUUGAUUAGUUGGGAGGGGAUUUUAUGUGGGUGCUGUGACACAGUACUCUCUCUCACUGAGUUCAAGUUUCAUGCUGGUUUCAGGCUGAACCACCCAUGUCUAAAUCUUUUCAUGGAGUCUGGCAAGCCAUUCACCUUAUGCCAACUCGAGGCAUGGUCGGUAGAAUAUAAGGCUAGGAAGAGUGCUCCUCGAACUGCACAAGUUGAUGAAUCGGAUGAAAAUGAUGACAGUUGCGGACUGUGUGGUGGUGAGGGUGAGUUGAUAUGCUGUGACAAUUGCCCAUCUACAUUCCAUCAAGCUUGCUUGUAUGAACAGGAGAUACCUGAAGGCAGCUGGUAUUGUUCACGCUGCACUUGCCAGAUCUGCAGGGAUGUGGUCAAUGAUAAAAAGCCUUUGAGAUCCUCUAAUUCAUUAGCGUGUGCCCAGUGUGAACGGAAAUAUCAUGAGAAUUGCCUGAAGGAAAAGGGUAUAAAAGAAGAGGCUUCUGACAUCUGGUUCUGUGGAAAAGAGUGCUACAAGGUUUACUCGGGGCUUCAUCGCCGUGUAGGACUAAUGAAUCUCUUAUCUGAUGGUUUUGGUUGGACCAUUUUGAGGUGCGUUCAUGGCGACAAAAAUGUGCACUCUGCUCAGCAGUUUGUAGCUUUGAAGGCAGAGUGCAACAUAAAACUAGCUGUUGCUCUUAAAAUAAUGGAAGAAAGCUUUCUUCCAAUGGUUGAUGCAAGGACAGGCAUAGACAUGGUACCCCAUGUAUUGUACAACCGGGGGUCUGAAUUUGCACGUCUAGAUUAUCAUUGAUUUUACACUGUGAUCUUGGAGAAAAACGAUGUGCUUUUGUCGGUAGCAUCAAUCAGGAUCCAUGGAACAACAGUUGCAGAAAUGCCCCUAAUCGCUACUUGCAGUAAAUAUCGGCGUCUGGGAAUGUGCCGACACCUUAUGAAUGCCAUUGAAGAGAUUCUAAGGUCUGUGAAGAUAGAUAAGCUUGUGAUGUCUGCGGUUCCUGCUUUAGUAGAUACAUGGACAAAAGGUUUUGGCUUUGAACUGUUGGAGGAUGAUGAGAGACGAGCUAUGCGGCAGACAGCUAACCUAAUGGUAUUUCCAGGAACCGUAUGGCUCAAAAAAUUACUCUGUAGGAGUCAAGUACCAGAGGAUCUACAAACCGGAUUAUGCAAUGCAUCAACUUCUAAAAAAGAUGAUCUGGGUGAUUCUGGAUUGUUGUCCGAAGGAGGUAUUGUGACUCGGACUGCAACACCAGAAACACAUUUGUGCACCUACAAAUUUGAAGUCCAGACAGAAGAAAUAUCCAGCAAUGGCAACAUACAGAUGGACAAAGACCUGAUUGAAGGUUUAGAUGCCAGUUUCUCACAGCUAUCAUUAGAGGAAAAAGAUUGAAAAAGUAUCAGUUGGAAGUUGUUAGUGUCAUUAAUUUAGUGGAUGUUUAUUUUAAAGGAGAACAUGCCAUACAACGAGAGACGAGCAGUGCAUCUCGUAAUAUUGAUUAAUGAAAGAGCUGAAUUGUAGCAUUGCACUCAAAGUGUUUGGGGGAAAUUUUGAUACCUAGUAGCUUUGCUCUUAGACAGCCUGGAGGUCUUGAAAGGCAAUUGAGAUAACUGCAGCCCGAAUUUUGUAUUUAGACUAGGCGCAGUUGUUGUUUGUUUCCCCUUUUACAACCAGAAAAGAAUAUUAGAACUUCAGACAAUUUUACAGCGUUCAGGGAAUCACAGUAUCUGGUUAAAGUUAAAAACAUUAUGCAAGUCGGCAAGUACGGAUCUGGUUGCAUGUCUAUUUUCUGUUGGAAA